AUGAUUCCGGACGAUGAAUACGAGGACUCUUCGCAUUUUCACCACGACAGCGACCAUGACCACGAAGACGGCGAAUUCGCCCUUAGUCAUCACGGAGCGUCAAAAUCUGGACAUGUCUCAGUUUUGCGGAGGUCCCUAGUCUACUCCGAACUGGAGGAAGACAUUCAGCGAGUGCGUCUCGAAGACCGGAAACGUGAGGAGGAAAUGCAGAAAGCGCGUCGCCUUCAAGAACAGAAACGUCUCCUGGCUCAAAAUUCCUUUUACUACGCGACCAAAAAGAAGCUGGAAAAGAGACGGGCCACCGCGACCAAUCUUGAUUUGUUGAGUUUCAUCUCCAUCCCACGCGCAUCAUACGCCGCCAUCGAGCCCUUGGAGGAAGGCGAAGUUCCUUCCGUGCAAAGCAUCGCGACGACGACGCGAGGUAGCAAAGCCAAGUCGACCACGUGGUUCCAGACGCCAGAGAAGAGAGUUUCGUUGGGAGAAGAAAGAAAAAGGUUUUCUGCCCCCCAAACCCCCACCGACUACGAGAGCAUGUCCCACGUUAAUUUUCCCCUCCGAAGAAAAUCCGAUGAUCAGCAACCCCCUCGAAGCUCCACGAAUUCCUCCGCACUUCCCGUCCUGACGAAAAAGAAAAGGAAAUCUCCCCACAAAAAGAGGCGAGGAACAAGCGUUGGAUUGAAAUUGUUUUCCAAUCCGGAAGUCGAAAACCAACAUCGCCGGGAUGAAACAACCCUUGGAGGCGGAGGACACGGUCAUCAUCACCGAAGACCCAGCAUAAAUCCGUCCCAUAGACGACGCCGGCGUUCCACUGGUCACCACCACCACCGGAAAGACUCCAAAGAUAAGAGCGGCGCCAUACUGCAUGAUAAGCCCUGGAACGAGUAUUAAUUCAAAUACUCCCUCCACUUUUUUUGUUAACUUGCGCCAUAGUUAAA